CGGCCCCUCCCCUCGGCUCUUUCCGUCUGUAUCUCUGCCUUCUUUCUCUCACUGGAACACAUGAGAUUCUCCUCCCGAAACCUGAACCGCAGCAGCAGAGGCACCGACCCCCCUCCCCACACGCGCACACAACAUGGCUACAAUCGUAACCUCGACCAGGUUUACGGACGAGUAUCAGCUUUACGAAGAGCUGGGAAAGGGCGCGUUCUCCGUGGUGCGGAGAUGUGUGAAGAAAUCCACUGGCCAGGAAUAUGCUGCUAAAAUUAUUAACACAAAGAAACUGUCAGCAAGAGAUCACCAGAAACUGGAACGUGAAGCUCGAAUCUGCCGUCUACUCAAGCACCCCAAUAUCGUUCGGCUCCAUGAAAGUAUCUCAGAAGAGGGUUUCCAUUACCUGGUGUUUGACCUUGUGACUGGGGGGGAGUUGUUCGAGGAUAUCGUCGCCAGAGAGUAUUACAGUGAAGCUGACGCAAGCCAGUGCAUCAAUCAGAUCCUGGAGAGCGUCAAUCAUAUUCACCAGCAUGACAUUGUGCACAGAGACCUUAAGCCUGAGAACCUGCUGUUGGCCAGCAAGAUGAAGGGUGCAGCAGUGAAAUUGGCUGAUUUUGGGCUGGCCAUCGAGGUGCAGGGUGACCAACAGGCCUGGUUUGGUUUUGCAGGCACACCUGGCUACCUGUCUCCAGAGGUCUUGAGAAAAGAUCCCUACGGGAAACCUGUGGACAUCUGGGCCUGUGGUGUAAUCCUGUAUAUUCUACUAGUGGGUUACCCUCCAUUUUGGGAUGAAGAUCAACAUAAGUUAUACCAGCAGAUCAAGGCAGGAGCUUAUGAUUUUCCAUCCCCGGAGUGGGAUACCGUUACCCCCGAGGCCAAGAACCUCAUUAACCAAAUGUUGACCAUCAACCCUGCCAAGAGGAUCACCUCGGAGCAGGCCCUUAAGCACCCAUGGGUCUGCCAACGGUCCACAGUGGCAUCCAUGAUGCACCGUCAGGAGACAGUGGAGUGCUUGCGCAAGUUCAACGCCCGCAGAAAACUCAAGGGAGCCAUUUUGACCACUAUGCUGGUUUCUAGGAACUUCUCAGUGGGUCGGCAGCAUACCAGCCCUGCUGCUCCCACCACAAGCACUGCCGCUCUUGCACAGGAAGCAUGCAAAAGUUUACUGAAAAAGGCAGACGGAGUCAAGCCCCAGACAAACAACACUAAAAACAGUGUAGUGAGCGCUGUAGUGAACGCCAUGAAAGAAAGCAACACAGCCGCCUCUGCACCAAUGGAGCCACAAACUACAGUUGUGCACAACCCUGCAGAUGGACCCAAGGGCUCCACAGAGAGCUGCAACACCACUGAGGAAGAAGAUAUGAAAGGUAGGAGAGCCGAGAGCGUGCAGGGGGCGAGCUGUGACAGUGCCGUGAUGAGUCAGUGCAGUGCCGGGGACGAGCCGCCCGUUCUGGUGGCUUCACCGCAGGGUUCUCCAGCCACCGUCCCCGUGCAUGACUGUAAACGCUUGGCAUGGAACAGUUCAGGACAUGCCUCAUGUUCAGAGUUAGAGCGCACACAGUCCAGCCCCUGUGCUGGAGGUCAUGGGGUCAGCGGUAUCCCAACAGCCAAUGGGGCCGCAGCUCGUAAGCAAGAGAUUAUAAAGAUCACCGAGCAGUUGAUCGAAGCCGUCAACAAUGGAGACUUUGAAGCGUACACAAGAAUCUGUGAUCCUGGUCUGACCUCCUUCGAGCCUGAAGCUCUUGGGAACCUAGUGGAGGGGAUGGACUUCCACAAGUUUUAUUUCGAGCACUUGUUAAGUAAGAACAACAAACCCGUGCACACCACUAUCCUGAACCCUCACGUUCACCUAAUCGGUGAAGACGCCGCCUGCAUCGCGUACAUCCGGCUGACGCAGUACAUCGACAGCCAGGGGCGCCCGAGCAGCUGCCAGUCGGAGGAGACCCGCGUCUGGCACCGCCGCGAGAGCAAGUGGCUUAACGUCCACUUCCAUUGCUCGGGGGCACCUGCCGCCCCAUUACAGUGAACCGCAUGGGACGCAGCUUGCCUGGAUUCUCAAGACAAUGGGAACGUUUCUUCUUUGUGGCCGGACGGGCACAUGAAGGCCAGCUGGAUGACAGCUCUUAAAGUUACAGACACACCAGUGAGGAACUCUUAACAACAUCCAGUUCAACUGUCAACACCACCUAUCCUGUCCAAUCUUUGACCAACGGGAGCUGGCCGCGGCCGCGCCCGAGGGACGGUGCAUGUAUCUGACGCCCACAUGGGGGUGCUGUUUUGUCCUUUUCCCAUGGAACCAUCUUUUUUUGCCCGUUAAAGAUGUUCAGAAGGUGUUGUACGUACUGAUCUAUGAAUUCAUGAAUAUACUGUAUAUUGUAAAAAAUCACUAGCUGAAACAGAAGCUACAAUCAAGUUCGAAAAGCAUUUAUGUAAGUAAAACAUGUUGGGAGGGGGCGUGUCGCGGGGGGAUUCGAAAGUCACAAAAUGGAAACACUGCUCAAGUUUACAAGGUCUCGUACACCUCAUCUUGUACACUUUGCAGGUUUUGCAUCCAAAAUCGUAAGACGAGAAUGAGUCCGCUGAGUGACAGAUAAAUCAUUCGGAAGUUCUUCAUAUCAAAAAGGAAAAGAACCAAAGUGUAGUUUUUAGUCUUUUUAAGGACCGUUUCUGUUUGGUGUUGGUUUUCUUUACGUAACCGGGGCCUGAGACGGUUUGUACGGCUCCGGUGUUAGUAUUUUCCUGCGUUCAUGUGGAACUCUCUAUUUUCCUUGAUUUUUCUUCCAUGUAACAAAGUAUUUCUGUGUUCGGUUUGAAUUUUUAAAACUUGUAUUUUUUAAGUUAACCUUAAUAAUAGAUCUCUAAAGAUAUCCUGAUAUAUUUAAAGGAGAUUAAAGACUCGCCAUCGAGGUUAAGGGUAAGAUGUAGUUUCCGACCGCGCGAUGUAUGUGUGCGUGAGAUGGAAGGUAAUAGAAAUGUAAUCUUAUAUAGGUUUAAUAAGUUUACUCCUGCUUCAAGUGCAUAUGAAGAAAGUAUGAAAGCCCUCAGAAACAGACCAACUGGUUUACAGCACAAUUCCAAAUACAGACCAAAAUAUUCGGACCUACGGUUUUAAACGGUCACAGUAGAGUCGUCCACUGUCUCUAAAUAGAUCAGAUCUGAUCUUCAACGGCCCAUCUGAUUUUAAAGAGAACACGUCAUUUUACAAACUACGUUAUAAAUAAAAAUAGCUGAUGUUAGUUGUUGAGAAUGGGGCUUUGAGCGGUGUUUUGAAUCUUCUUGACGUACAGUACCAUCACACACACACACACAGUUGUUAUCGUAAAAGUGUGUGGUUGUUUUAGUAACGUUUGAUGUGUCUGAACCACCCUGUCCUCAAUGUCGUCGUGCUUCAUGUUGGUGACGGGUGUCAAAGCUGUAAAUACACGAGGAGCGGGAGCUCUGGAAACACUUUGCCAUAGUUACGUUGUUUAAAAAUCACCAUUUUAAUGUUUGUACGAUUCUGAUUCACAGAAAUCUGUCUGUUGGUUUUCAUCACAAACUAUGUUACGUUUUACGGCACUGACUAUUUAAACAGCGUUUUAAUAUAACUGUUACUUAACUGUUAGAAGUGAGGGUUUGAGUUUUGUGAGUGAUGCAUUUGAAGCGUUUGUAGUUGCAGGAAUGUUCCUAGAUGCAUUGUUUUUGUCUUUAGAUGCUAGAUUUUAGUUUCAGAGGCAGUUUAUUGUGAAAACAAAAGACGACUUUACCCCCUCGGAGCACACAUUGGUCUUUUGUAUCGACAACGUUUCCGGUCUGUAAAUAUAUGUAGUGUUCACACACCCCUCAUCGUGUGCUGGGCUUCGCGACAUAUCAGAUCUGUAUAUCUGCACGUGUGUAAGUGUGCGCGCGCGCGUUUGUUACCUUUACGACAGCGUCCUUUAACGUAGUGAUGUCGUCAGAUUGUGACGCUUUGAUUACGUCUUUUGCUCUAUUUCUUGUAUUUUUUUAUUUUAUUUCCUCGUUUUUGUUAUAUGGGGGAAUGCUGCCUUGCCUGGCAAAACUACAACUACACUCUCUUUACUAGUUUUUGUUAAUCCAUACCUUUCUUUACAUGGUCGACAUCUUCAACUCCAUGAAAGCGAAAAUGAAUGAUGGCAACGAGAAGACACUAGAAUUAGAGAAAUAGACGUCCACCCCUUGAAAUCUUGGUAUACAUAUUGGGUCAGAAUGGAUAAAGAUUCUUCUGGCCCACCCGUCCAGACACAGGAGAAAUCAAACACACCGGCGGAUGUGCAUGUCUACUUUUCUUGGUAAAUCUUUUUUUCCACUGUUGCGUGUUUACUUGAUCAAAAAAGAGAAAAUAUGUCAUAGUAUUUGCAUCUCGACAUGAAAACAAAUCCAUUGGGAAUUAUGCGACAUACCAUAUUUAAAACGAUAAAAAUUAGAAAAUAGUGAUAAAAAUAUAUAUAUAUAUAUAAAAGAAAAGCCUCUGCUUGGUAUGCUCCCCUCAUUCUAAGUAACUCUAUUGCAUUGUAAUGGUAUACUAUUGGGCUUCGUAUAUACUCGGAGUUUAAACAUGGAUGCUGGAUUUUGCAUGAUCAUACAUUUAAUAAAACCAUGAAAUGACAACUA